GAGGAGGGGGGUCGGGGAGGCCCGUCUGUAUAAAGGCGGCUGGAACAGCGCUGCCCGCCAGACCCCGCCGCCUGGAUCCCCUGCUUUGCCAGCCGCCCCACGUGACCGCGCCGACCACCAGCUCCACCUUUUAGCCCGCUCGCCAUGGCCCUCUUCGGGGCCCUGUUUCUAGCGCUGCUGGCAGGCGCUCAGGCCGAGCUCCCCGGCUGCAAGAUCCGCAUCACCUCCAAGGCGCUUGAGCUAGUGAAGCAGGAGGGUUUGCGCUUUCUGGAGCAAGAGCUGGAGACCAUCACCAUUCCGGACCUGCGGGGCCGAGAGGGCCACUUCUACUACAAUAUCUCUGAGGUGAAGGUCAUGGAGCUGCAGCUGACAUCCUCUGAGCUCCAUUUCCAGCCAGAGCAGGAGCUGAUGCUACAGAUCAACAAUGGCUCCUUGGGGCUGCGCUUCCGGAGACAGCUCCUCUACUGGUUCUUCUACGAUGGGGGAUAUAUCAACGCCUCCGCCGAGGGUGUGUCCAUCCACACCGCUCUGCAGCUCUCCCGGGAUCCCACUGGCCGGAUCAAAGUGUCCAACGUCUCCUGCCAGGCCUCUGUCUCCAGAAUGCAUGCAGCCUUUGGCGGAACCUUCAAGAAGGUGUAUGAAUUUCUCUCCAUGUUCAUCACCUCGGGGAUGCACUUCCUCCUCAACCAGCAGAUCUGCCCCGUGCUCUACCAUGCAGGGACCGUGCUUCUCAACUCCCUGCUGGACACUGUGCCUGUGCGCAGCGCUGUGGACGAGCUCGUUGGCAUUGACUACUCCCUCCUGAAGGAUCCCGUGGCCUCCGCCAGCAGUCUGGACAUGGAAUUCCGGGGGGCCUUCUUUCCCCUGGCCGACGGCAACUGGAGCCUGCGCAAUCAGGCGGUGGAGCCCCAGCUGCCCGAGGAGGAGCGGAUGGUAUACGUGGCCUUCUCUGAGUUCUUCUUCGACUCUGCCAUGGAGAGCUACUUCCGGGCAGGGGCCCUGAAGCUGUCGCUGGUGGGGGCCAAGGUGCCCCAUGAUCUGGACAUGCUGCUGAGGACCACCUACUUUGGGAACAUCGUCCUGCUGAGCCCGGCAGAGAUCGACUCUCCGCUGAAGCUGGAGCUGCGGGUCACGGCGCCACCACGCUGCACCAUCAAGCCCUCGGGCACCACCAUCUCUGUCACUGCCAGUGUCACCAUCGCCCUGGUCCCACCCAACCAGCCUGAGGUCAAGCUGUCCAGCAUGACCAUGGAUGUCCGUCUCAGCGCCAAGAUGGCACUCCGGGGGAAGGUGCUGCGCACACAGCUGGACCUGCGCAGGUUCCGAAUCUACUCAAACCAGUCUGCAUUAGAGUCGCUGGCACUGAUCCCACUGCAGGCCCCUCUGAAGACCAUGCUGCAGAUCGGGGUGAUGCCCAUGCUCAAUGAGCGGACCUGGCGUGGGGUGCAGAUCCCACUCCCUGAGGGUAUUGACUUUGUGCGCGAGGUGGUGACAAACCACGUGGGUUUCCUCACCAUCGGGGCUGACCUCCACUUUGCCAAAGGGCUGCGAGAGGUGAUUGAGAAGAACCGGCCUGCCAACACCAGGGACCCCCGAGCACCCAGUGCCCCGCCACCCUCCAUGGCAGCUGUCUGAGUCCUCAACCCCGACCCUGGCAGCUGCAUUCAGGACUCCACCGUCUCUCAUCCCCUCCCUCACCCCGUCACAGCCUCUAGUGUCCUCUAACCCCCAGUGCCACAGAGAAGAUGGGGUUUUAAGCUGUACCCAAUUUAAUUCCAUAAUCACAGUCAAUCCAUCAAUUACAGUCCGUCCACCCCUCCC